UGAAGGGUAAGGCUUGAAAUAAAAUUCUCUGUGAAAAGUAUGUUGUCUUACAGAGGUCGUUUCACUUCACCGCUGUUGGACUUCGUUAACGCAACAAUGGUAAAACAGCUGUCUGACCUUGAAGUGCACAGCCUGCUCUAUCCGGUGUGAAUGUAUUUCACUACAGUUCUGCGUGGUUUGCUCAUUAAUGUUAGGUGUUUUUAGAUUUCACUCAAAGUUAAUUUCGGGAUUGUUGAUUUAUCCAAAUAGUUAUGAUGUAGCACUGAAACACCGUUCUGCAUGUGGUUUGCCUAUAGGAAACGUCUACAAAAAAUGGUCUCAUUCCACAACGUAAGACAUAAGUACGUAACUGCCCUUCCUAGGUAUUGACGUGUGCAGACACUAAUUUAGUAUUCACGUAAAUGAAUACAAUUAGGAGACUCAAGCUCCUCAUUUUGCGAACAAAUGGUCAAAAGCCUACUCUAGUUCUCUAUCAGUUGGGCUCUGUUCAGUCUUUUAAAUGGAUUAAUCCAUCUGUUGAAAAUGCGAACAUUAGGUCGCGAUAGUUGAUAAUUUGUGCAAAAGUUCUUACUUCAGGCGGAUAUGGUUGGUAAGCCAAUUACAUCUUAGUAGAUGUAAUCACCUGAAGUCUGAUCUGAGUUGCCUUUCAAACAGUACAUACAUUUCGCACAGUUUUCAAGCUGGGACACAUUUUGUGGUUUCUGUGAUAAAUCCUCUCGGUCGUGUUCCGUGAAAAUGGAUGGUUGUAUUAUCCUUCCGUUCCAGUGCUUGAGUACAAUUGGAUUCAGGCAAUUGACCUGUCUAGCAUCCCAUUCCCGCACGACAGUCGAGCAGUAUGAUUAGCCCUCACCGAUUCAGAUUUGUGUAGUAAGGACAGAAGGCCUACGGCAUAUGUUAUUCCUUUUCUAGUAUGCUUCUGUGAGUGUCCAGUCUUCUCUUGAAAGAGUCAAUUGAAGGUGCGGACACCACUGCUUCGGGCAACAGGUUCCAAGUAUUGAUGACUCGGUCUGAAAACCUGUAUGCCAUGGGUAUUUUGUUCGUUCUUGGCUUUUCUACUCGCCUGCUAUGUCCUCUGAGAUGUCCCGAUCUAGUGGAAAGAAAAAGAGAGAAUAAGUAAGGUCCAAAAUCAUUUCUCAGUAUUCUGUACAUCAAAAUUAGAUCUCCCCUUAGUCUGGGAUAGAAGAGAGUAAAGUCGUCCAACUUUUCAAGCCGCUCUUUGUAUGAAAAACCCCGGAAUUCUGGAAUUGCACGGGUAGCUGUCCUCUGUACUUUAUCUAAGAUAUCCGAGUCACCUUUCAAACGGGUUUGCAGCCUGAACGCAGUUCUCAAGCUUAGUUCUCACUAAGGUUGUGUAUACUGUGGUGAACAUGGUAGUAUCUAACUUAGUGAAUGUCCGUUUCAAAGCCCAGAGGGUUCGAAACCCCUUAGCUGCGACCUCCCAGCAAUGGGCCGUCGUCUUAAGAUCAUGACUCACUGUCACCCCUAGAUCCUUAUGUGACCGGACUACGGGUAAUGGCACUUCCCCUAUGUUGUACCUAUUAACUUUUGAAUCCCCAAAGUGCAUGUAGACACACUUUGCCGCGUUGAUAGGCACCAGCCACUCCUUAGACCAGUUUAUCAUAUUAUUUAAGUCUACCUGAAGAGCACGUGCGUCUGUGUCUCCAGUUAUUACUCACCAGAUUUUUACGUCGUCAGCGUAUAAUAACAUUGGAGACUGUACUAUAUUUGGAAGAUCAUUAACAUACAUUAUAAAAAGUAAAGGACCUAAGACGGAACCUUGAGGUACCCCACUAAGUACUGGUCUCCAGAUGGAGCACUUGUAAUUUAUUAUUACUUUCUGUCUACGAUCUACUAGGAAAUCCUCUAUCCAUUUUAAUAGAGGUCCGGCAAUACCAAGGUUUUCCAACUUCAAUAGUAGUCUAUUUGUUGGCACCUUGUCAAAAGCCUUACUGAAGUCCAUGUAGACAGCAUCCACUGAGUUCCCGUUGUCUAGUGCCUUUAUCCAGGACUCCGUUGCUAUAAGGAGGUUCGUUGUAUAAGAUAAACCCUUUCUAAAACCAUGUUGUUUUAUGUUUAGCAAGUUGUUGGUUUCCAUAAAUGCCAUUAUGGUCCGUCUAACUAUUCUUUCCAAUAUUUUAACUACAACACUGGUGAGGCUUACAGGUCUGUAGUUCGAUGGAAGUUGUCUUGGUCCUGUUUUAUGUAUGGGAGUGACGAUUGUGUCCUUCCAGUCCAUAGGCAACAAACCUUGGUUAAAUGACAUGUUGAGUGUCACAGUCAGUGGAGCCGCGGUAUAUUGUGCAAUGUCUCAAGACUUGGGGGUGUAGUUCAUCUGGUCCUGUUGACUUUUCCAUGUUUAAGGUCCUAAGAGCCUUAAGCACAUCGUCUUGAUCGAAGUCCAAGGUUAGCAUUUGGUUUGUUGACUUUAUUUUGGUUUGGUUCUUUGUCUAGGGGAGGUUCCUGAGUGAAAACUGCCCCAAAAUAGUCAGCCAUAGCCUCUGCUUUUUCCUGAUCUUCCUCUGUCAUUUCAGAUUCACUUCCUUCUUUAAUUAGGUUGGGAAUCCAAUGAUGCAUCCUUGUUCUGUAGUUUAUGUACGAGAAUAUUCUCUUGGGCUACUUGAGUGCAGAUUGUGCCAGCUGAAUAUCAUAUUUUCUUUGAGCUCCCCCGAAUUUUUGUUAUACAAUUGUUUCUUACCGAUCUGUAGCGUUCCAUCGUGCCAAGGCGGAUGGCAACAACCCAUUUCUUCUUUUGUUUUAGUAAACGUCGAAUAUCCCGGCCUAUCCAGGGAUGACCGUGCUUCUUCUUCUUUGGAACUGUCCAGGGUAUGUAUGGUCGAGUUACCCGAUUGUAUAACUGCCUGAAAAGGGUCCAUGCCUCUUGUACUGAUGCCCUUGAGCCAAUUUCCCAGUUUUCAGCCGAUGCUGCGGAGUUGAUUGCCUCCAAUAUCUGCCUUCCAUAUGUUAGGACGGGCCGGCGUAACUGUUUGGCAGGCAAUCUCAGCCAUGAAUUUAAAUAAGAUGACUGCAUGGUCACUUCUCCCUAGUGGUGGGAGAAAAGUAAUUUGACGAACGUCGUCACCGUGUGUGAAGACUAAAUCUAAAAGAGAAGAAGAGUUUCUUAAGUCAUAUCUUGUGGGGUUUCUAAUGUUUUAAAAUCAAGCUAAUCCAAUCGAUGUUUCUAAUAGUUUGCAUUGGAACGACGUUACCGAUGACCCUACUUCUAAGUUAACCCAGUCUAUAUACGGUGCAUUAAAGUCGCCUACUACAAGGCUUUUACCCAGGACUUAAGUUUACUUAGGAGAAAAUCAUCUGCUACACAUUCUGGACUGCAAUAUACUACAACUAAUUCAAUAUCUUGCCGUCUACAUUUCAGCUUACAUCGCACCAGUUCACAUGUCCCUGAAACACGUGCCACUGUCUCAGCUACUCUUACGGUUAGGGUACUUUCCGUGUACAGGAUAACCCCGCCUCACGGAAAUUUUUUUAGAAGUACAAUAAAUCUGUACAUGAUAAGUGAGUUACCCUGGCUGGGUAUCAUUUUGAAUAACGUUUUCUGAGGAGUCGUUUAUUUUGCAGAGCAUCUAAAGUAAAGCGUAGCCCAUAUGAUACUGUCAAUUGUUUAGUCAGUGUUUCAUAUCUCCACGUAGUUAUUCUUGUUAACAUCUACAGGAAGUAAUCCGCUCACCAUAGUUCCUGAAACUAGCUAUGUUCGUGGUUGUCUCACAUGUAAGGAUCUCGAAGUCAUCGCUCAUAGACUAAAGUUUUCUCGUUAUUUCCCAUCAAAUGAGAUGCCCGAUGUAGACUCUCAAUUUUUGUGUAUUAUUUGCCGACGGUUGGGCUGAGUGGAAGCAAAUUAAUUAUCAGUUUAUGACGUCAUAUUUUUUAAGAAUGAUAGUUCUGUCGGGUCAACACUCAUGGAUUCUUCACGGCUUCUUGGGAAGGGUCCAAGUGGUCAUAUCGUUCAGUAAUUUGAGGUUCAGAAUAAAAUCCAAUGCUUUAGUUUUCUGUUCUCAAUUGUGGUACGACGCAGGACAAUAUUCAUUUUAGUUUUGUUCUUAUUAUGAUCGCUAUCUUAAUGCUUGCUAGUGAAGUCUCAAAAUAUUUUCUCAUGUUUUUUCACAAUAUUGUCAUUGAGUUUUGCAGCUCAUUGUUAUUUUUUUAUCAGGUUUUGUAUGAUAAGUGAUAGACAAGUAAUCGAUUCAACCGAAUCAAAAUGACUUAUAAUGUCACAAAUGUUCAAUAGUUUGCGGUUGAAUAUCUUGAUAGUCACGCUUCCAAAAUCUUACUUUUGUUAUCUUAAUUUAUUAACCUCACCAAACUAACCGGUUGUGGCACCAGAACUCAGUUCGUAUUUUGUCAGGUAUUGUGUUUCAUAAGCAGUCAUUUGUAUAACUAUUGUGUUUUGAAUUAUCUUUCAGCUACUAUGGAAUUUCUGGAUAUCAAUCUGGAUGAAGUUGCUUCUGCUUUUCACGAAGCUAAACGUUUUGGGAAAAGAUGUAAAGAAGCUCCUGAUGGUCCGAUUGAAGUUAAACGAUGUCUCAAAAAGUUUCCAAAGUUCCAAACAUACGUGCUUUUAUCAGGUAGCGGUUGCAUUCAUGAGGUUGUCUAUCCUUCUGGUUAUGCACUCAAUGAAUUGAAGAAUCUAGAAAAUCCUGUAAGGAAUUAUCCCUUUACUUUGGAUCCAUUUCAGCAACGCGCCAUUCUAUGUAUUGAAAACGAACAGUCUGUUAUGGUAUCUGCCCAUACAUCUGCUGGUAAAACUGUGGUUGCUGAGUACGCAGUUGCUAAAAGUCUGAAGCAGAAUCAGCGCGUUAUUUACACAACGCCUAUCAAGGCCCUGAGCAAUCAGAAGUUUCGCGAAUUCUCUGAGAUUUUUAAAGAUGUUGGCCUAAUGACUGGUGAUAUAACUAUCAACCAAGAAGCAACUAUUCUUAUAAUGACAACAGAAAUAUUGAGAUCUAUGUUGUACAGAAGCUCAGAUGUAACUCGUGAGGUUGGCUGGGUUAUUUUCGAUGAAAUUCAUUAUAUGAGGGAAAAAGAACGUGGUGUUAUCUGGGAGGAAACCAUCAUCUUAUUACCUGAUAGUGUUGGGCUUGUCUUUUUGAGUGCAACAAUUCCCAAUGCUCGUGAAUUUGCUGAAUGGAUAGUGUUUUUACAUAGAAAGCCUUGUCACGUUGUUUACACUGAUUGUCGUCCUGUUCCAUUACAGCACUAUGUUUACCCAUGUGGUGGAGAUGGAAUUCAUUUGGUAGUCAAUCAGAACCGUGAGUUUAUUGAAUCUAACUUCAAUCUUGCUUUAAAUACUUUACAAAAUGCCGCUGGCAAUUCGAUUUCUGAUAUGAAGUCCCGUGGACGUAAUGGUGGCAGCACCCGUUCUCAACCAUAUUGCUCGAAGUUAGUCAAGUUGGUAAUGGACCAAAAUUUGGAGCCACUUAUCGUAUUUUCAUUUAGCAAAAUGGAUUGUGAAUUCUAUGCAAUGCAACUAAACAAGAUGGAUUUUAGUACACAAUCAGAAAAGGCGGCUAUUGAACUUGUGUUUAAUAAUGCCAUUGAGAGUCUUUCCGUUGACGAUCGAAAUCUUCCUCAGGUUCAAAUUUUACUGCCCGUUUUACGUCGUGGAAUAGGUAUACAUCAUGGUGGACUGUUGCCUAUACUCAAGGAAAUUGUUGAAGUGUUAUUCGCUGAAGGUUUUAUAAAAGUACUGUACGCUACCGAAACGUUCGCUAUGGGUCUUAAUAUGCCGGCUCGAUCUGUGUUAUUCACGUCUACUCGGAAGUUCGACGGACGUGACUUCCGUUUACUGUCAUCUGGGGAAUAUAUUCAAAUGUCAGGACGCGCAGGUCGUCGAGGAAAAGAUAUACGUGGCACAGUUAUAAUGAUGCUUGAUGAUCGUAUUAGUGCAGAUGAAGCCAGAAAACUCUUACUUGGUGAACCUGACCGACUGGAUUCUUCAUUCUAUAUAACGAAUAAUAUGAUACUUAAUUUACUUCGUGUUGAGGACAUCAAUCCAGAAAUAAUGCUCGCUAAAAAUUUUCAGCAAUUUCAAUGCAGGUCUGAAUUGCCCUAUCUUGAAAAACGUUUAAAUGACACAGAAUCUCUUAUCAAAAAUAUUUGUUUUCCGGACGAUAUUGAUAUGGAACAGCUUGGCGCUUAUGUUAAACUUCAUCAUGCAGUUGCCGUAUGUGAAUCUGAGAGGUGGGCAUUAGUUUCACAAAGAAAAAGUGUCAUACCUUUCUUUCAGACUGGUAGAGUGGUUCGAGUAUGUUUACGAUUAAAGUGUUCUAACUUGAUUUAAAAGUUCAUUUCUUAUUCUCUAUCGAUAAACAAAGGUAAACUAUUUGUAUUUUGGUUAGAUUCGCAAUCUGGACGAUUGGGACUUCGGAUGGGGAAUUAUUGUGCACGUAGAUCGGUCUGUGCAUCAAAAAUCCGACAGAAUGUCAGUCAUUUGUCUUAUGGAAGUGGCUGAAGACCGCAUCCUAAGAAAUUCAGAUUAUACAAGAAAACCGAUUCCUUUUUCGUUUGUGAAACCUGCUGAUGGUGUUGAUUUUCAAACUGAUACUUUUACAUCGGUUAUUCAGUUAGUUUCUGUCCCUCUAGAUUGUUUGUCUGGUAUUUCAAGCGUUUGUCUCAAACUAAAUUCAUUAUUGGAGUGUGACAAUCAGAAUACUGAAAUGUUAUUUAACAAGCUUUCAGUUCAACCUGAUCAUGUAAAACGACGUAUUUGGGAAGGUGUUGGUCGUGCCAAAGCAAAAUUAGGAGGAGUACUACCAGUAUUAGAUCCUAUCAAGGACUUAAAUAUUAAAGACGAUCGUGUGAAACAACAGUGCGAGACGAUUAAUUUAUUGAAAGCACGAAUGGCCAUGAAUCCGAUCUCAAAACGCGCUGAUCUAGACAGUCUUAUUGAUCGUUUUAAUUGGAAAGCUACUAAUUUGAGGAAACUCGAAGACAUUCGUGAACGUAUAAACAGAACAGAUUCACUUUCACAUUUUGACGAGUUGCGUGCAAGGAAAAGACUUUUGCGAAGACUUUGUUUUUGUUCAGAGGAUGAUACAAUUGCAUUAAAAGGUCGUAUCGCCUGUGAAAUUUCAACUGGUGAUGAAUUGGUACUGACUGAGUUACUGCUGGAUGGGUUCUUUUCACAAUUCUCACCAGUUCAACUAGCAGGUGUCAUGUCAUGUUUUGUAGCAGAAAAACAAACAAAACAUCACAAGAUAAAUCUGAGUCCUGCCAUGAAGAAGGCUAUAAAAAGUAUCCACGAUAAAGCAAGAUAUCUUGCAAAAAUGUCUGCCGAAUGUAAUAUUAACACGGAUCAUAGUAAUAAUGAGAAACAACCAACGACUUUGGUUGAGAAUCUUGGAAAUAAUAGAAAUAGUCUUUCGGAUGACGAGCAAGCUUAUGUUAAUCGUUUUGUCGGUGAUUUAAUGGAUGUUGUAUGUGCUUGGGCUGAAGGUGUCAGUUUUUCUCGACUUUGUGAAUUGACAAGUGCAUUCGAAGGUAGUGUAAUUAGAUGCAUCAGAAGACUGGAAGAACUACUAUGUCAAAUGCAUAAUGCAGCCAAAGUUGCAGGAAACUCGGAGUUGGAAAAUAAGUUUUUAGAAGGUAUGUUUCUCCCUUCUUUUGUGAUGCACGUUUUAUAGUACAUGUUUUACAAUUUAAAAUCCAAGUAAAAUGCUGGAGUUAAUGAUAAUAACAUUUAAGCUACAAUGAUCGUAAAUUACACUUAUCUAGGUUGGUAAUACUAUAUAUUUUUCAAAAUGUAUGUAUAAUUUUAGUAAUUUUCUUAUUUCGUUAAGCAGUCAAUAUUUCAGAAAACAACAUAACAUAAAAUCAUUUCUAACUAGUGUUAGUUUCAUAGGCGAAUUAUUCACCUUCAUACAAUUUCACUGAUCGUUUUUAGAGUGAAUGUAGUCUAUUUAUAAAUGUCUCAUGAACAAAGUAAUACAAACAGUGCUCAUAACAGUGAAAAUAUUUAACGUUGUUAUGACCUUGCGUCUCCCAAUUAUUUUGUUUUUGCCAAAAUCCCCGUCGCCAAUUGUUAUGACCUUGGAUGUCUGACUUUUCGAUCACACGACUUAUCUACCAAUCCGAAUACGACUUAUACGAAUCUUCGCACUAGGCCAACCAAUGACGUUCAACCGGUGUGGGCAGUUUAGUGUCCUUAUUGGUCCUAUGUCCUACGAGCCCUUCCACUUGAGUCCAGAACAAGAUACCAGCUUCCGAAUCAGAGCAGAUCGUUUAUUUCAGGCAUACUUAGUUUAUAUAUCAAUCACACAGACCGCAACGUACCAUAAAAUAGGAAAUAAUAUUUGUACACAAAUAAGCCCAAAAAGUGGCUGUGAAUGUGGGAGGCAGUAGUUAAUAAACUGAACAUAACUUAAGAACCGUAAAUCGUACAAUAAUAAGUUAUAGGUCAAAAUAAAGCUUAUAAUAAGAGGAAUAUAAAUAUAUGUAAUGUAAUUGUUGAAUAAUUAUACAAUAAGAAUAUUUAUAGAAUAUUAGUCCAUUAAUAGUCCUCGGGAGUUACCUGUAAUUUAAUCUCCACUCGGACAUAACACCUCCCCCCCUUUUUUUUUUUUUGAAAAACCCAACUUUAGAUUCUGAUUAAAAAAAAAAGAAUCAUAUGUGACUUUAAAUUCCUCGACAUUCUCCUCCUCCUCGAAAUAAUGUUGGGUCCUUAUGGCUCCAAAUUACAACUAGUAGGACUUUAUUUAAACCAUGUUUCUCGUAUUGACUGGAGAAUCCACUAAAAAUGACUAGAUGAUGAUGAACGA